AUGGAUCUCAAUAUGUUAUCAUGCUUCCAACCCCAACUUCAACCCACCUCUUUGGCAGCAUUAAAGGAGUUUGGCAAUAAAUUAAUGGUAGAAGGAAUUUCACAUUCAGCUCAAUGUUCAACAUCAGAUUGUCCCGACGCUAACUGUGGUAUCAGUAAAGAAUUGAUAAGUCACCUGGGCCAUUGUAUAGAAUCUCCUCACAGUUGUGACAAAUGUGAGCAAGUGGUACAGGCUUUUAAUCAGCACGCUUUGACAUGCAAAAGUAGGACGUGCGAAGUAGGGAGUUUAACUGUUAAUAGUUAGUUUUUUGUUUAAACAAGUCGAAAUGAAAACGGUAUUUUACAAAAACUGUUUUUCGACCAUUGGAACAUUCUACGCUGCCUUACCCCACCCUACCGUACCCUACCCUACAUUACUCUACCCUACCCUAUCCUACCCGACCCUAUCAUGCCUAAUUAUACCGUACCCUGCCUUGCCUUACCCCACCCUGCCUUAUUCUACUCUGUCUUAUCAUAUGUUGUCUUACCUUACUUUACCAAUCUUUUAUGACAACCAUACACUGGUCUUACCGUUACUUUUCGUACCGUACCAUCCUUUACUUAGCUUCUAUUUUAACCUACUCUUUGCCGUGUCUCGACGAAGAUGAGCUACAAGCCCUUGUUGAUACAAAAUGAAAACGUUGCUUUAUAAAAGGCUUACCUCAUCGUUUCUUUACUUUUACUUUACUUUUGCCCAACUAUUAGGCUGAACCAAAAGUAGCGGAACAUUCCAUUUAUUUUUCAACUGAAAAGUGUCCCGCUACUUUUGAUUCAACCUCAUUGUACCUACUCUCGUUCUUACUGUACUCCUUACGUACUCAUCCACCAUAGCCUGGAUUUACCUUUACCCUCCUAUAAGAAUUUGAAAUGUGCGACUACCUUUGCUAUUUCUUAACUUAAAAAUCUUUCAGGUCCCACCCUGCCGUGAGAUCCGCCGAUGGCAACGAGCGAUGCGGAAGUUUAUGUAUGAACGAGUGCGACUCAUUGUGAAUGAAUCCUUGGCUGAUCUACAAGCUUCAGAUGACAAAACCGAGUAUAAUACUUCGAAUUCUAGCACGACAUCCGGAUACUCAUCAGCAUCGUCAUCUAUGUUCAAAUAA